GGUAGCACCGUGAGAAGGGGCGGGCCCGCCUCCGCGUCCGCCGCCGGGCGUCCCAACUCCGGGUUGGAGCUAUAGCCACCGGAAGGUUGCUCUGAGAUGCUUUUUCUGCCACCGCCACUGGGGGGUUCGGCCUCACCUGCGCUGUGUCGGAAGGGAAGAGGAUUUUGAGACAGGCACGCAGAGUUCCACAGAUCUGGAGUUUCGUACCUUCAGUUCGGCUUAACUAGUUGAUGACACAGACAGAACCUGGAUGUGGUCUCCUCGGCGGUUAUCUGCUGUAUUUAUGUGAAAGGUGAAUGAAAGACAAGAAAUAAAAAGUCUUACCAUCCAGCCUGUCCGUCUCGAUCAGAGUUAGUUCCAGGGGAGUAGUUGCCUGUGAGACCUGCAUCUGCCGCAGUGGAAAGUGAGCCGCCUCCUCCCUCAGCACAGCAAGAGUGCUGUCGACUGUUGAGAAAUUCAGUUUGGAUCUGGAGGGAGCGCAGUAAGCAGCAGAGGCCCACAAGGCGGCGACUGUGAGCUUUCCGGUACCGCAUAGAUAACUGGAGAUUGAUGUCCGGGGAUUUGUCAAGAUGCUUGGGAAAAGGAAGCUGUCCCCCAGGGCCGGUCCCCGAGGGUGUGAUCCGAAUCUACAGCAUGAGGUUCUGCCCCUACUCGCACAGGGCACGCCUGGUUCUCAAGGCCAAAGGCAUCAGGCAUGAAGUGAUCAACAUUAACCUGAAGAGCAAGCCUGACUGGUACUACACAAAGCAUCCUUUUGGCCAAAUUCCCGUCUUGGAGAACAGCCAAUGUCAGCUGGUCUAUGAAUCUGUCAUUGCUUGUGAGUACCUGGAUGACGUCUACCCGGGAAGAAAGCUGUUUCCGUAUGACCCGUAUGAACGAGCUCGCCAGAAGAUGUUAUUGGAGCUCUUCUGUAAGGUCCCACCUUUAAGCAAGGAAUGCCUGAUAGCGCUGAGAUGCGGAAGAGACUGUACGGAUCUGAAGGUCGCCCUGCGUCAGGAGUUGUGCAACAUGGAAGAGAUUCUUGAGUAUCAGAACACUACCUUCUUCGGUGGAGACUGUAUAUCCAUGAUUGAUUACCUCGUCUGGCCCUGGUUUGAGCGGCUGGAUGUAUAUGGACUGGCUGACUGCGUGAAUCACACCCCGAUGCUGCGGCUCUGGAUAGCCUCCAUGAAGCAGGACCCUGCAGUGUGUGCUCUGCACACUGAUAAGAGCGUCUUCCUGGGCUUCUUAAAUCUCUAUUUCCAAAACAACCCUUGUGCCUUUGAUUUUGGGCUGUGUAACCCAACCAUACGGUAAUCCAGGCAUUGCCCGGGACUCUCGGUCAUUCUGAUGUCUGCAUCGUGGGUCAUCUUGGGGUUCAGUGUAUUUGUUCUUUUUUUUUGAGGUCCCUAAUAAAUAUGGAUGUGUAAAA